AUUUUUAGUAUAACUGGAAUAGAAGUCGCAACACUUAGAACAGAGCAAGACAUGAUCUGGGAAUGGACAUGGUAGACCGUUCACUGACUCUCUGUGUGAAGAACAGGACAGUAAAACACAUUUAGGCUGGAAGGUGCGUAGAGAAAUCAAAAUGCCUGCGAACCAGACUCGAUCCAGGGUGAGGGAGCGAAACAAUGUGCUGAACAGACCCGAGUUUAUGUCUCUAAAUCAGCCUUUGAAGAGCGGUAGCGGUGAAGCUCGCGGCACCGCACGGAGGCCGCCGCAGAGACAGCAAAGUCAAAACCAGCAGGGCGCAAAUGCGCAGCACGAGUCGCCCGAGAACAAUAAGGAAAGGAAGGAAUUACCAGAAGAGGACUGCAUGCAGCUAAACCCCUCAUUCAAAGGCAUCGCUAUGAACUCUCUUCUGGCCAUUGAUAUCUGCAUGUCUAAACGGCUCGGUGUGUGCGCGCACACCACAUCGUCGUGGGGAAGCGUGCGCUCUAUGGUCAAGCUCCUCGCACUCACUGGCCAUGGCAUCCCGUGGAUCUUCGGCACAAUUGUGUGUCUCACAAGAAGCAACACGUUGGCGGGUCAAGAGGUUUUGGUCAAUUUGCUACUAGCUCUCUUACUGGAUGUGAUGACUGUAGCAGGCAUGCAGAAGUUGGUGAAGCGCAAAGGGCCAUGGGAAAUGCCGCCCAGCUUCCUGGACUACCUGGCCAUGGACAUCUAUUCUUUCCCAGCAGCCCAUGCAAGCCGAGCAGUCAUGGUGUCUAAAUUCCUGUUGGCUCACUUGGUGCUUGCAGUCCCUCUGCGUAUUUUGCUUGUGUUAUGGGCAGUCCUCGUUGGCAUGUCCCGUGUGUUGCUGGGUCGCCACCAUCUGACAGAUGUCGGAUGUGGCUUUGCCUUGGGAUUCCUUCAUUACACUUUAGUGGAGAUGGUGUGGCUGUCUUCCAACACUUGCCAGACUCUAAUAUCCAUAGGAACAUUCAACUGGAGCCCCCUCUACUGAUCAGCACACGUCUUUUGAAGGAUUUCAAAAGUCGCCGUAUGUUUUUUUUUCGUCAGUUCAGGUUAAGUGCCCUACAUUUAUUCUAAAAAGUACUUUAUUAAAAACAUUACCCUAAGCAGCACACAUUCAUACGCUUGAUCUGACCAUUUCUUGUUCCAUUUCUGCCAAAGCAAUAUCAAGUUUGGAAAAACGCUUUGGAAAAGCAUCAGGUGCACAGUUUUUCCUUUCGCUUUAAAAGAAAGGAUGUUGAUGCAAGUAUUUUUUAUUGCUAACACUGAUGAAGGCCAAAUCAGUAUGUGUGAUUUAUAUCAAUCGGCUGAUGGAUUUUAUUGAUCACAGUAAGUGAGCGAAACAUUUGCUCAGGGACUUUAUCAAGCAGCAUAAUCAGAGUCAUUUCAGAUUUCUAUUUUCUUGGAAUUUUACAAUGUAUUUGAGAAAAUGUUGUAAAUGAAACCAUCAUGGAUAAUUUGAGAGUUUUUGGACUGUUGUCUGGAAUUUGAAUUCAGUCAGACCUUUCACGAUACUCUGAAUGCAUCACAUUUGUAUGAAUAUAACUAUGUAGGCAUUCAAAUUGAACAUUUCAAGCACAUUUUUCACUUUUACCAAAAUGUUGUUUGUACGACAUUGUAUGUUGUUUAAUUCUUAUCGCUGCAAGCCCCAGAUGUGCCAUUUUAUAUGAUUUCCACGCCAGGGUUAUGUAUGGAAUAAGUGAAUCUCUUCAAUGAAUUUGAUACAUAAUUGUUGUAAACCAAACAUCUUGUUGUGCUGUACAGAUUAAAAAAAAAACAUAAAUGAUACAUGAAUCAAACAAGUUGUACAUCUUUUAUCAACAGCUUUUAUUAAUUUUGAGUAAAACUGUGAAAAUAUGUGUGUAUGCAUGUGUGUGUGUUUUUGGAUUCUUCAUGCCUAAAAAUGCAGAUAUGAAUACUUAUAACUCUACGCUAUCUAUAAUGAAAUGAUUAUGCGAUAUGAAUAAAAUGCAGUUUAUGUAACAUGA